AUGGCGCAAGCGCAGGUUCAAUUCUGCAGUUUCCCACCCUUCAAAGCCUAUGGGGUGGAGAGAUGGUGGUUGGACAACCUUCUCAAGGCUGGAAAGUUGACGCGGACGUAUCUUCGCGUGGCUGCACAGGUGACAGUCGGAUUCCAAAAACGACUGGGAGACUGCAAGGCUGCAGAGCGUUAUCUUCACGACCAAGCUAUUCGAGACGCCGUGCAGGCAGAGUCCAAGACGCCAGAGUCCGCGAUGUUACCCAUGAAGACGUUUGGGCCAGUCGAGGAGUUCGUGGCUUGCCACGACGGACAGCCUCGCUUCCGCCGUCCAAUACUUGCAAUCGUGGGCGGCACACGCUUGGGUAAAUCCAUGCUGGCUGCCCACACUUUGAAGCGGGUGGCGAACAAGUUGGGUUUGAGUGAGAGCAUGGACCUUGCAGAUUUUGACCGUCGUGUGCAUUCCGGGGUUCUUCUUGACGGCAUCGGAGAUGCCAUGUUCUUGAAAAGGAACCGGGAAGCCCUGCAAGGUCGCCCAAAGAUCGUGAAAGGGACGAGAUCUGCCACGAACGUUUUUUCCUAUUCCUAUUCUUUCUGUGGACGGGCAGUUGUCGCAACUUUCGAUUUGUCGGCCCAGAACCUGGGAGAACUCCACACCGACCAUUGGCUGUGCAAUCGUCAGAAUGUCCAACUGCUACGCCUAGACGAGCCAGCCUACAUUGAGCCAGCAAGCCUGAGCGCUGCUGGGAGUGAUGUUGCCGACUCACGUUCUGAUCAGCGAAAGCGCAGGUGGGUGGCUUCGCCUGGACCUAAGCGCGAGCUGCAGUUCGACGAGUCAGGCUGA